ACCGGAAUAAAAAAAUAUCCCUGGACCACCCAGAGGACUGUGGACCUAGGAAAUGGAAAGGUCACCCAUUCCUUUCUAGUCAUCCCCGACAGCCCGUGCCCCUUAUUAGGAAGAGACUUACUCACUAAAAUGGGGGCCCAGAUUCAUUUUACGCCAGGGGGCCCCCAAGUGACUGGCCCUCACAACCAACCCAUUACCAUACUUACUCUAAGAUUAGAAGAUGAAUAUCGACUCCAUCAGGGGCCACCCUCACAAAGUCAAAACAUACAGCCCUGGCUCCAGCAGUUUCCAGAAGCAUGGGCUGAAACCGGGGGUAUGGGGUUGGCUAAACAUCGCCCAGCUCUGUUCAUAGAGCUGAAGCCGGGGGCAGAUCCAGUUCGGGUCCGACAAUACCCGAUGUCAAUGGAGGCCAAAAAUGGCAUCACACCACAUAUCCAUCGCCUCCUAGACUUAGGCAUCUUGCGUCCCUGCCAUUCAGCCUGGAACACCCCCCUGCUGCCCGUACGAAAACCUAACAGUGCAGACUACCGUCCGGUACAAGAUCUGAGAGAAGUUAACCGCCGAGUCAUGGACAUACACCCAACAGUACCCAACCCCUAUACCCUCCUAAGUGCCCUCAGCCCAGAAAGACAAUGGUAUACUGUCCUUGAUUUAAAAGAUGCUUUUUUCAGCCUGCCUCUGGCCCCCAAAAGCCAAGAGCUCUUCGCCUUCGAGUGGUCCGACCCUGAGAGAGGCAUAAAUGGGCAACUCACCUGGACCCGGCUCCCCCAAGGAUUUAAAAACUCACCCACCUUGUUCGAUGAGGCACUUCACGAGGAUCUGGGUGAGUACCGGAAUCAAAACCCCGAAGUGACUCUCUUGCAGUACGUUGACGAUCUUUUAAUCGCUGCUGAGACUGCCGAAGCUUGCUUGCAAGGCACCAAAAAUCUCCUCCGGACACUUGGUGCCCUGGGGUACCGGGCUUCAGCAAAGAAAGCCCAAAUUUGCAGAUCCAAAGUAACCUACUUGGGGUAUCUGUUAAGGGAAGGCCAACGAUGGCUCACUGAUGCACGGAAGGAAACCGUUCUCCGCAUCCCCCGACCCACAACCCGAAGGCAGGUAAGAGAGUUCCUGGGAUCAGCCGGGUUCUGCCGCUUGUGGCUACCUCGGUUCGCCGAGAUGGCUAAGACUCUUUACUUGGUCACCCGAGAACAGGCGCCCUUUGAGUGGACAGAGGAAACUGAGCAGGCUUUCCAGCAAAUUAAACUCGCCCUGUUGUCGGCACCAGCCUUAGGGCUCCCCGAUGUCUCCAAACCCUUUCAUCUCUUCGUAGAUGAAAAUAAAGGGGUAGCCAAAGCAGUGCUGACGCAACUCCUUGGCCCAUGGCCCAGGCCCGUUGCCUAUAUUUCAAAAAGACUGGACCCAGUAGCGGCUGGCUGGCCCCCUUGCCUCCGUAUGAUCGCUGCUACAGCUCUAAUGGUAAAGGAUGCUGAUAAGUUAACUAUGGGACAAGAGUUACAUGUUACAACCCCUCAUGCCAUCGAGGGAGUCCUCAAACAACCUCCUGACCGAUGGAUUAGUAAUGCCCGACUGGUUCACUACCAGGGACUAUUAUUAAAUCCCCUCAGAAUCAUUUAUGCUCCCCCCCAAACACUAAACCCUGCCUCCCUGUUACCAGACCCGGACUUGGAUACCCCUCUCCAUGACUGCGCUGAGAUAUUGGCACAGGUUCAUGGAGUUCGGGAAGAUUUACAGGAUCAUCUGCUACCAGACGCCGAAGUUACCUGGUUCACUGACAGCAGCAGCUUUGUACAUCAGUGUCAAAGGUACGCGGGGGCAGCAGUCACAACUGAAACUGAGACUGUUUGGGCAGAGCCUUUGCCAGCUGGCACCUCUGCCCAACGGGCUGAACUUGUGGCCUUAACCAAGGCACUGACUUUGGGAAAAGACAAGAGACUAAACGUGUAUACCGAUAGCAGAUAUGCUUUUGCUACAGCCCACAUACAUGGAGCUAUAUACAGAGAGAGGGGACUGUUAACUGCAGAGGGGAAAACCAUCAAAAACAAAGAAGAAAUAUUGGCUCUCUUAAAGGUACUCUGGCUGCCUAAACGACUAGCCAUCAUACAUUGCCCAGGCCACCAAAAACCGAUCACACCGGUGGCCAGAGGAAAUAAUUUGGCUGACCAGGUGGCCCGAGAGGUGGCCUUACAGGUGGACUGUGCUUUAAUGACCACCCUACCAGACCCCGACUGUAGCAUAAUCCUCCCAGAAGAAAUGGGAAAUAAAGUCUUAUCCAAGAUGCACCGAGCCACUCAUGUCACAAGAAAAAUGCAAGACUUAAUAAGACAUGCUAGGAUCACCAUUAAAGACUCUAGGACAAAAAUUAAACAGAUAGUUACUAGCUGUAAAGCUUGCCAACUAACUAACGCCACCAACCACGGGAAAAACCCUGGCUCCAGAACUCGCGGAACCAGGCCGGGAGCCUAUUGGGAAGUAGACUUCACCAAGGUAAAGCCUGGAAAAUAUGGAUACAAAUAUUUGCUAGUGUUUAUAGAUACCUUUUCAGGAUGGACAGAGGCCUUCCUCACCAAGCAUGAGACUGCGCAGGUAGUAGCAAAGAAAAUGUUGGAAGACAUCAUGCCCAGGUACGGAUUCCCUACCCUAAUAGGAUCAGACAACGGACCAGCAUUCAUUUCAAAGGUAAUACAAGGGAUAGCGCAGUUUAUUGGGGCCGAUUGGAAACUACAUUGUGCAUAUAGACCCCAAAGCUCAGGACAGGUAGAAAGAAUGAAUAGAACCCUAAAAGAGACCCUAACCAAAUUGACCAUGGAGACAGGCGCUAACUGGGUAGUCUUACUCCCCUAAGCUCUGUUCAGGGUGCAGAACUCCCCUUACAAACUUGGAUUAACCCCCUUUGAAAUCAUGUAUGGAGUGCCCCCCCUAUAACCCAACCUACAGUCUAAUGUGUUAACUGAAUUUGAUGAUCAUAAACUUCUUAUUUCCCUGAGGGAACUCCAGCACACCCACCAGGAAGUUUGGCCCAGAUUGAGAGCCAUUUAUGAAAACGGGCCCCCUCCUGAGCCGCAUCACUACCGACCCGGAGAUUGGGUAUACGUGCGGAGACACAAGCAAGAGACCCUCCAACCACGGUGGAAGGGACCCUACAUUGUGAUCCUAACCACACCCACUGCUCUCAAAGUCGACGGGAUUGCUACUUGGAUCCAUUACACCCACGCCCGACCAGCUGAUCCCUUUGCGGUUCGAGAAGACUUCGUGCCGGAAGCCAACACCGCCUGGACGGUUAACCAGAGUAAGACCCAUCCUUUAAAAUUGACUCUGCGUCGAAAACCUGACCCCGAAAACCGGCUAAGACCAAAGGCCUGGGUGUCCCAUACCAAGACUGUUGCAGCAGCUCCGGACCCACAAUGAUCGGAGGAACACU